AUGGAAGUUGAGAACUCGUUGAGAGUUGGAAGCGUUCUGAAGCGUUACAGAUAUGCGGAUGUGAGACAUGAAUCAACGGCAGUAGCAGCGGAUGUGAAGCAUGAUGAGGGUAUUGUGAUUUGCAAGAGAACAUCAGCUGAUGAAUCAUCAUUAACAUGUCGUGUGGUUAACAGUGACGAUGAUUCAGAAGUACGAAUAAAGCGAAUUAAAACUGAUGACACGGCUCGCUCUCUUCUCAGCGAUCACAAAGGUCGAUCAUCGUACAGCAAUGUGGUCGUGAGUUUGCAAGACUAUCUGCCCACAUCGACUGUUGACGAGACAAUGGACAAUUGCAGCACUGAGGAUAGCAGCUUGCAAUUAGACGAUAACAUUCACAUCAAAUAUGCUGAUUCGCAUGCUGCAGCAACACGUCCGAAACAUAGCACUCCAACGAUUGAAAGACCUCGUGCGCAGUACGCAAGUACCAUUCAGCAUACGUCAUCCAUGCCCAAAACAUUAUGGCGUGCAUCGUCACUUCUUUCUGAACAGGCAACUACGUCAUUGCCACUCCAAGACACCAAUUUCAACACUCUACAAAAACUGAUGGUGAAACAAAAAGCGAUGUGCGAAUUGAGUUCGUCGUCGUCAAGUCCGGACAGUAGCCUAGGCCAAGAGCCAGAUUCAUCACUCAGCGGCGAUACAUCGACACUACCCGCUGCUGCUAUGAACAACAAAGUCACAUCUGUGUUAGCACCACAAUCCUCAUUCACUACAUGGCCUUGGCUUACGGGUUUGUUGCAGUUUUCAUUCCUCAUUAAAAUUUCUAUUCAAGUGCACUUUGGCUGA